GACCAUAGCCUGGGAGUCGGAACCUGGGUUGAUCAACAGUCACCACUAUUAUCUAUAUAAAGUCUCUUUUCUCUGUCACUCUGGGUGUGCCACUGUGUGUGCUUCCAUAGUACACUGUACAUCUUUUGAACUUCAGAAACCAUCGAAACAAGUUCCUUUCAUUCUUCUCUUUCAGAUUGUGAAUCAUGCAUCUCCAUUCCAAGUCCCUCUUCAGCCAAGUCCUCCUCCUCGUUCUUGGCUCUGCCUUUUUCAUCUCCCUCUUUGUCCCUGCCCCUGUCCUGGCUGCUGCAAUGCCACUGAAAGAUGGCGAGCAAAGCGAGCAUAGCGAGCUGGACAAGCAUAAAAUGUACGACACACACAACGAAAACAACGACAAACUCCAAGUAAUCCGCCAGACAGGCUGUUCGUCCGCAGAUGCUCUGUCGGCAUCUAAAUUUUCCAUGGACCUUAAUAGCACUAUUAGUCCUAUUAGUCCUAUUAGUACUAUUAGUACUAGGGGUACUGGUGCAAGUACAGUUACCUCGUCUGAUGGGCUUGAUGAUCUUGAUCUUGAUCUCGAGAAACGUGAACGAGGCGAGGUUUUUGAAGGUUACUGCAGCAAAAGUCCAGGCCAGUGGUGCUAUUUCUGUUACUAUGGCAUUGUGCAUAAGCAAAGGUGCAUGACUAUUCAUAAGUGUUCUGAGACUGGAAGUUUAUGCUGGUACUCUGAUCAGAACGGACUGGCUGUUUGUUCUUGAGCGAGGGCCAAGUCUGCGAGGCUGCGGGGCUGCGAGAGAGAGAAGUAGAGAAGUACAGAGAAAGAAGAAGGAGAAGGGGAGAAUAUAUGGGAAAGAGGUUUUCAGGGGCUGGAACAUAUGGCAAAGAGGUCUUGCAGAGACGCAUAACUUGAACAACCAGAGAUUCAGAAUGAUGGACGAUGGACCUUUGGACCAUCUCCAGCGGGGAUAAAAGGUUCAUGUUGGUACUACUGUCAUUGCAUGAUUGGAAUUCAAGAGUCAAUUACCAAGCAGUCAUAAUUCAUGACUACUGUCAGAGCGGAUUCAGAGGACCAGAGGACUUGUACAUUUGAGAAAGUAAAAGAAAAUACCUUUGCUAU